CUUUCUUUUGUUAUUCAUGAGCAAAGGAAACUUUGCGGCAGAGCUGAAACACUCCAGGAGCGCCGGAACAACCGCGUUGGGUAACUUCGAUGCUUCUUGGAUGGAGCUGUGAGUCUCCCGUCAGCGCAUUGAGCAGAGCUCUGGAGCGCGAGCUUGUUGUGAACAUGCCCUGAGAAGAGUCAAUGAUACAUUAUUUACUCAAUGAUAAACCCGCACUGUACUGCACUGAGAGAUUCAUCACACAAAGGGAUUUGCGGUGGGCUGUAUAUGUAAAAGAAAGCCGGAUUUCUACUUCAGCGUGUCAGACGUACCCGUGACUCCUGGGAAGGAAGAUGGCUACCGUGGGCACAGUGUCCGAGGCCUCUGAGGCCGGGGACAACAGCGAAUUCACUGACAUCAUCAAAUGGAGAUCAGAUGAACAUGAUGCCGUACAGAAAAAAACCUUCACGAAGUGGCUCAAUGCGCAGUUCUCCAAGACGGGGAAGGAGCCCAUCAAAGACAUGUUCACUGACCUGAGAGACGGCAGAAAGCUCCUCGAUCUCCUGGAGGGGCUGACUGGAAACACACUGACCAAAGAGCGAGGCUCUACUAGAGUUCACUCCCUCAACAACGUCAACCGCGUGCUGCAGGUCCUUCAUCAGAGCAGCGUGGAUCUGGUGAAUAUCGGCGGGACUGAUAUUGUCGAUGGUAAUCAUAAGCUCACUCUAGGACUCAUCUGGAGCAUCAUACUGCACUGGCAGGUCAAGGACGUCAUGAAGGAUGUGAUGUCCAGUCUUCAGCAGACCAACAGCGAGAAGAUUUUGCUGAGCUGGGUGAGAAACUGCACCCGCAACUAUAACAACGUCAACGUGCUCAACUUCACCACCAGCUGGGCAGACGGCCUGGCCUUCAACGCCAUCCUACACCACUUCAGGCCUCAUGGGUUCAGCUGGGAGGAAGCAAUUCGUCUAACCCCAGUGGAGAGGCUGGACCAUGCUUUCACAUUCGCCAAAGAUCAACUCAACAUUGAGAGACUCCUGGAUCCAGAAGAUGUGGCGGUGCAGUUGCCGGAUAAGAAGUCCAUCAUCAUGUAUGUGACCUCACUCUUUGCUGUGUUUCCCAAUGACAUCACGAUAGAUGACAUCAGAGAGGUGGAGACGCUGCCCAGACACUAUAAGGUGGAGCACGAGGAUGGACACGCUGGUUUGUCUGGAAAGACGGAGGAGGUGAGCAGCACACGGCCAGAGAUGCCCAGCACACUGACGGAGGUGGACAGGGAGGUCAGUCUGGACACGUAUCAGAUCACGCUGGAGGAGGUGCUCACCUGGUUGCUGUCGGCCGAAGACACGCUGCACAUGCAGGACGACGUGUCCGACGACGUGGAGGAGGUCAAAGACCAGUUCCACACACAUGAGGCCUUUAUGAUGGAAUUGACAGCCCACCAGAGCAGCGUGGGUAACGUCUUACAGGCGGGAAACCAGCUGAUCGCUCAAGGCAACCUGAGUGAGGAAGAGGAGGAUGAGAUCCGAGAACAGAUGACACUGCUCAACUCCCGCUGGGAAAACCUGCGGGUCGCCAGCAUGGACCGUCAGUCCAGACUUCAUGAAGUUCUGAUGAACCUUCAGCAACAGCAGCUCCAGCAGCUCUCUGAUUGGCUGACGCAGACGGAGGGGCGGAUCCGUAAGAUGGAGAAAGAGCCAAUAGCAGGAGACAUGGAGGGCUAUCUUGCCCAGAUAGAGGAGCACAAAGCUCUUUGUGCUGAGAUAGAGCAGCAGCUGGAGGAGGCAGCAGAGCAGCAGGCCUGGACUGAGCUCUCCACCGCCGCCCAGGAUCAGCUCAGCAUGCUGCAGUGCAUUCUGGGUAGCAUGAAGGACACAAAGGUGAAGAGUGAGGAGGUGGAGCGCUGGCUGGAUGCGGUUGAGGAGCUGCUGUCUCGAGACGCCAGCGGCUUCAGUCACGGCGACAAACUACAGGAAGAACUCAACCAGUGCAAGGAGCUGCUGAGUGAGAUGGAGAGCAUGGCCUCGUCUCUGAAGCAGAUAAAGGAGAACGUGGCAGCCGUGCAGCAGAGCUCAGGACCGGGUCUGAUCAGCUGGGGGCAGACGGAGCUGGACGACAAUCAGAGACGCUGGGACACGCUCAGUAAAGAGUUGUUGAGGCGUGAGGAGCGUGUGAGUGAAGGUCAGGAGAAAGUGAUGAAUCUGAAGAAAGACGUGGCGGAGAUGCGCGAGUGGAUGAUUCAAGUGGACGAGGAGUUUCUCAUGAGAGACUUUGAGUACAAGAGCCCAGAGGAGCUGGAGGAGGCGCUGCAGGAUAUGAAGAGGGCUAAAGAGGAUGUGUUACAGAAGGAAGUGCGUGUAAAGAUUUUGAAGGACAGCAUUAAUGUGCUGAUUGGAAAGACGCCCCCUGGUGGUCCUGACCUGAGCCCUGAGCUCACUGAAGUGCUGCAGAACUACCAGAAACUCUGUGAUCGCUUCAAGAGCAAGUGCCACACGCUUGAGGAGGUGUGGUCCUGCUGGAUCGAGCUGCUGCAGUAUCUGGAGGCGGAGUCUGGCUGGUUGAACACACUGGAGGAGAAAGUUCAAGCCACUGAAAACAUCCCAGAAAACACAGAGUCUAUCAGCGAGGCUCUGGAGUCUCUGGAGUCGGAUCUGCGUCAUCCGGGUGAUAACAGGACUCAGAUCCGAGAGCUGGCCCAGACUCUCAUAGAUGGAGGCAUUCUGGAUGAACUCAUCAGCGAGAAACUGGAGAACUUCAACUCGCGCUACGAAGAACUGACUCAGCUGGCUGCUGCACGUCAGAUGUCUCUGGAGCAGAAGUUGGGGACUCUGAGAGAGAACGAGACGGCGUUACACACACUACAGACGUCCCUCACACAGCUGGACCAAACGCUCACCUCGUACCUCACCGACCGCAUCGACGCCUUCCAGCUGCCUCAGGAAGCUCAGGUCAUUCAGGCCGAGAUCGUGGCCCAUGAGGCCACACUGGAGGAUUUGAGGAGGAGGAAUGUAGGUAACGUGCCUCCGACUGUCCCAGAGGGCAAACCAGUGCGAGGAGGGACCCUACUGGACCAGUUACAGCGGAAACUUCGUGAGAUUAGUACCAAAUUCCAGCUGUUCCAGAAACCAGCCAACUUUGAGCAGCGAAUGCUGGACUGCAAGAGGACUCUGGAAAACGCUAAAGCCGAACUUCACGUCCUUGACCUGAAAGACACGCAACCAGAGGAGAUCCAGACCCACCUGAACGGAUGCAUGAAACUGUAUAAGAUCUUGAGCGAGGUGAAACUGGAGGUGGAGACUGUGAUUAAAACAGGAAGACAGAUCGUACAGAAACAGCAGACGGAAAAUCCUAAAGAAAUGGACGAACAACUCACCGCCCUCAAAUUACUCUACAAUGAGCUGGGAGCUCAGGUGACUGAGGGGAAGCAGGAUUUGGAGAAGGCCAUGUCUCUGUCUCAGCGGCUGCAGAAGGACAGCGCCGCCCUGCAGGCCUGGAUGAGCCACACUGAGACUCAGCUGAAAGAGAAGCUCAGCACAGGAGACAUGCCUGCCGAUAUCGAGACGGAGAUCACAUGGGCUAACGGCGUGUUGAAGGAGUCUGAGCGCAAGAAGAGCGAUCUGUCUGUGGUGAUGGAGAACAGCGCCGCCCUGCAGGCCUUAGUGGAGGGCAGCGAGGCUCAGCUGGAAGAUCAGCUGUUUGAGCUGAAUGAGGACUGGGAGCGAGUGCACACGCUGAUCGAGGACUGGCUCAGUGCUGUUCUGAAUCACCGGCGGGAGGUGGAGAUGUUUGAUGAGAAUUUGGCUCAUAUCAGCACAUGGCUCUAUCAGACGGAGAUACGACUGGAUGAGAUGGAGAAGAUGCCUGCAGCCGAGAAAGAGAGAAUGAUGAAGGCUGUGCUGUGUGAGUUGGAGGGAAUGAGUGUGCAUGUGGACAGCGCUCGUGAUCAGGCAGUAAUCUUGAUGACCAGCAGGGGGCCUGUGUGCAGAGAGCUGGUGGAGCCCAAACUGGCUGACCUCAACCGCAGCUUCCACAAGGUGGCGCAGCACAUCAGCUCUGCUCAGGUGUCUGCUGGUCUGGAGGUCAGACAGGAGGCAGUGCGGCCGCAGCAGGAGGUGGCAGACGGGAGGUCUGCUCCUCUUCUCUCCUCUUCACAGCUGCAGCUGUUCGAAUCAGACCUACAAGCUACUAUCAGAGGCCUGGAGCAGCAGGAGAAAACACACAUGCCUGAUGACGAGAGGGCUGUGCUGUGUGAGUUGGAGGGAAUGAGUGUGCAUGUGGACAGCGCUCGUGAUCAGGCAGUAAUCUUGAUGACCAGCAGGGGGCCUGUGUGCAGAGAGCUGGUGGAGCCCAAACUGGCUGACCUCAACCGCAGCUUCCACAAGGUGGCGCAGCACAUCAGCUCUGCUCAGGUGUCUGCUGGUCUGGAGGUCAGACAGGAGGCAGUGCGGCCGCAGCAGGAGGUGGCAGACGGGAGGUCUGCUCCUCUUCUCUCCUCUUCACAGCUGCAGCUGUUCGAAUCAGACCUACAAGCUACUAUCAGAGGCCUGGAGCAGCAGGAGAAAACACACAUGCCUGAUGACGAGAGGCUGGAUGAGGAGAAAGCUCAUGUUGAGGAGGUGCUGAGGAGAGGAGAGGAGGUGCUGCUGUCUGUUCCUGACAAGGACAGAAGAGAAGAUAUCCGCAGAAGACUCCUCCUGCUCCAGACAGGCUACAAGGAGCUUCAUACCAUCAGAACUCAGCCAGUUGUGCUCAAAUCAUCGUCUGUUCCUCUGCAGAGCUCAGAGUCAUCCCUCUCUCCCCAGGAUGAGAGGAGCGCAUCUGUCUCCCAGUCUGACUAUCUGCUGGACAUUAAUAAGGUUCUGCUGGGCAUGACCGACAACGAGCUGCUCCUGAACUCCUCAGAGCUCAGCGGAGGCCUGUUUGAGGAUUUCUCCAGCCAGGAGGACACGCUCAGGAAUAUAAAGGAGAGUUUGGAGCGGUUGGGUGAGCAGGUUGAAGUGAUUAAUGAGCGCCAGCCUGAUGUGAUUCUGGAAGCUUCCAGACAGGAGAUGGCACAGAUAUCUGAUGCCCUGACACAGCUGAACUCAGAGUGGGACAGAGUCAACCGCAUGUACAGCCAGAGGAAAGGUCUGGCAGAGCUUUGGAGAAAGUGUGUGUUUCUGGGUCUGAAAGUGCUGAAACAGGGCGAGUUGAAUGAUCUGGAGGAGGGUCUGGCUUCUCAUCAGUCUGUGCUGGCGGUUCUGAGCCGGUCUGGAGAGCACAUCAUCGGUCAGGUGCCAUCGCCUGACGCUGCUCUGCUGCAGGAGAAGCUGGAUGCUCUGAGACGCCGCUGGACGCACGUCGAGAGAGAAGUGUGUGAGCGCCAGCGCAGGUUGAUGGGUGAGGAUCCGGCCGUGAUGGAUGUUGUUCAGAGGACUGCUGGUCUGGCUCAGUGGCUGGAGCACACAGAGGUUGCCGUGGAGACGCUGCCUGUUUCAGCCACCGACAAGAGCCUCAGAGAGCUAAAGGUUCGGCUCACUCACACUCACACUCACUCACACACACACACACUCACUCACUCACUCACAAGGAUGAGACACUGUGGGGGAUUCAUUGGCAAGGAGGGCUUUAUAUUCAAUAGAUUCAGUGUUCUGGAAAUGUCCAUGCGAGAGCAGAAGCGGGAGCUGGAGGAGCUGUUGUCCUUCUCUAUUGAGCUCCAGAGGAAACAGCUGCUUUUACCACAGGAGAAGAGUAAAAUCGAACAGCUGGCUGCAGAUUGGAAAGCUCUGGACGCCAGACUGAAGGAGACUCCACAGCAGCCUCUUUCUCCAUGGACACAACAAGUCUCUCAGCAGCAGUUCACAGCGAGCGUGCCGUCUGCGGUGCACAUGGUCAGUCUGAUGAGCGAGGAGCGGCGUCCCAGUCCAGAGCUGGUGGGCCCCAGCGACCUGCACCAGACGGCCACAGAGCUGGCGGACUGGCUGCUCCUCAUCCACCAGAUGCUCAAAUCCAACAUCGUCACGGUGGGAGACAAAGAGGAGAUCCACACCACCAUCGGCCGCCUGCAGGUGACUAAAGGAGAUCUCGAGCAGAGACAUCCACAGCUGGAAGACAUCAUCACUCUGGCGCAAAACAUCAAGAACAAAACCUCCAACCUCGACGUGCGCACCUCCAUCUCUGAGAAACUGGAGAAGGUCCGCAGCCAAUGGGACGGCACACAGCACGGCGUGGAGGCACGGCUUCUGCAGCUGGAAUGCAUGAUUGGCCACAGCGACCAAUGGGAGGAGCAGAGGCACAAGUUGAAGGCUCUGAUUGGUCAAAACGAGAUGUGUCUGCACAACCUGCUGCAGCUGAACCGAGAGCCGCUCACCAAACAGAUCAGUGACAACAAGGCGUUCCUGCAGGAGCUCAGUCGAGGACAGGAGAGCGUGACGUCCUUUAAUGAACUGUCCAAUCAGCUUCUGCAGGAAUAUGCCGCUGACGAUACGCGCAAGGUCACAGAGGUCAUGGACAAACUCAACACGGCGUGGAACAGCGUCAAUAACAGGGCUUCGGACCGUCAGGCUGCGUUGGAUUCAGAGCUGAAGUCUCUCCAGGCGUGUCUCCGUGAGCUCGAGUCCUUCCUCAAGUGGCUCCAUGAGACGGAGACUACAGUCAACGUGUUAUCUGAUGCCGCCCAGAGGGAGGAGCUCUCGCAGGACUCCGCCCACAUCAAAGAGCUGAAGGGGCAGCUUGGGGACAUCCAGGCGGAGAUCGAGGCUCAUAAUGAUGUCUUCAGGAGUGUGGAUGGGAAUAAGAUGAAGAUGGUGAAGGCUCUGGGGAGCUCAGAGGAAGCAGUUUUCCUCCAACAGAGACUGGAUGAUAUGAACCACCGCUGGAACGACCUGAAGACCAAAUCAGCCAAUAUACGGGCUCAUCUGGAGGCCAGUGCUGAGCGCUGGAACCGGCUUCUGUCAGUCCUGGAGGAGCUGGGCCGCUGGAUCAGUGUGAAGGAUGAGGAGCUGAACAAACAGAUGCCCAUCGGAGGAGACGUGCCCACAGUGCUGCAGCAGCAGACCCACUGCACGGCUCUGAGGGCGGAGCUUAAGGAGCGUGAGCAUUUAGUUCUCAGCACAUUGGAUCAGGCACAUAUGUUUCUGGCCGACCAGCCGAUCGAAGGACCCGAAGAGCCACGCAAGAACCUGCAACCCAAAACCGAGCUGACCCCGGAAGAGAAGGCCCAUCGGGUGGCUAAGGCGAUUCGUAAGCAGACUGCAGAGGUGGGUGAGCGCUGGGAGAGGCUGAUGGGACAUGCGGGAACCUGGCAAGAGCAGGCGGACAGAGCACUGGAUAAACUCCAGGAUCUCCAGAGCUCCAUGGACCAACUGGACCUGCGUCUAGCCCAGGCCGAGGAGCUCAAAGCAGGGUGGCAACCGGUGGGAGACCUUCUCAUAGAUUCCCUACAGGAUCACAUCGAGAAAACAACGGUGUUCUGUGAUGAGAUCGCGCCUCUGAAACAGGAUGUCCGAGCUGUGAAUGAUCUGGCAGGUCAGCUGACCCCACUGGAUGUCCAGCUGUCCUCCACCACCAACCGCCAGUUAGACAACCUCAACAUGCGCUGGAAACUACUGCAGGCGGCUGUAGAGGACAGGUUGAAGCUCUUACAGGAAGCACACAGGGAUUUUGGACCCUCCUCUCAACACUUCUUAUCCACUUCGGUGCAGUUGCCCUGGCAGAGAGCAGUGUCCCAGAAUAAAGUGCCCUACUACAUCAAUCAUCAGAGUCAGACGACGUGCUGGGACCAUCCCAAGAUGACCGAGCUCUAUCACUCUCUCUCUGACCUCAACAACGUGCGCUUCUCGGCAUACAGGACAGCUAUGAAGAUCCGCCGGCUACAGAAAGCCCUCUGCUUGGAUCUGCUGGAUCUGAGUGUGGCUCAGUCCAUGUUCCAGCAGCACAAGUUGACGGUGAACUCCCAGCAGCUGACGGUUCCUGAGGUCAUCAACUGCUUGACGUCUGUCUAUGACGGACUGGAGCAGGAACACAAAGACCUGGUCAACGUCCCGCUGUGUGUGGACAUGUGUCUCAACUGGCUGCUCAAUGUCUACGACACGUACGUAUUACACGCUUGCGCUGUCUCUACACCAGACAUGUACUCGGACAAAGUCAAGGCAUGUCUGUUUAAUCAGGUGUCAUCAGCGGGCGAUACGUGUGAUCAGAGGCAGUUGGGUCUUCUGCUGCAUGAUGCCAUUCAGAUCCCUCGACAGCUGGGCGAGGUGGCAGCCUUCGGCGGGAGCAACAUCGAGCCCAGCAUCCGCAGCUGCUUCCAGCAUGUGACCAAUAAGGUGGAGCUGGAGCCAAGGCAGUUUAUUGAUUGGAUGAGGCUGGAGCCACAGUCGAUGGUUUGGCUUCCGGUCCUGCACAGAGUGGCGGCAGCAGAAACGGCCAAACACCAAGCCAAGUGCAAUAUCUGUAAAGAGUUCCCCAUCGUGGGCUUCAGCUACUUCCUCAUCCAUCAUCUGUGUGCCUCUCAUUUUCAGACCACCUCAGGAGAAGACAUGCGAGAUUUCACCAAAGUCUUAAAAAACAAGUUCCGCUCAAAGAAGUAUUUCGCCAAGCACCCUCGCCUGGGAUACCUGCCCGUCCAGACGGUCCUCGAAGGAGACAACAUGGAAACUCCGGUCACUCUCAUCAGCAUGUGUCCGGAGCAGUACGAGCUUUCCCCAUCACCACAACUCUCUCAUGACGACACACACUCACGGAUAGGGCAAUACGCCAGCAGGUUGGCACAGAUGGAGCGCUCCAAUGGCUCUCUGCCCACCGACAGCAGCUCGGCCACCGGAAGCAUGGACGAGGAACAUGCUUUAAUUCUGCAGUACUGUCAGACUUUGGGAGGGGAGGGCUCAUCCUUCAGCCAGCCCCAAACCCCCACCCACGUCAGCAGGAGCCCCGCCCAUAACACUCACAGCCCCUCCUACCUGAUCCAGAGCCCCGCCCAGAUCCUGCAGGCUGUGGAGAGGGAGGAGCGAGGAGAGCUGGAGCGAAUCAUAGCGCGACUGGAGGAGGAGCAGCGGACCCUGCAGAGGGAGUAUGAACAGUUGCGCCAGCAGCAUGGUCAGCCCGGCGCGGGGGCCGCAGCUGUUAGCGGGGCCCCUGAGGAAGCUGACCUGUUAGCUGAAGCUAAACUCCUGCGACAGCACAAGGGACGGCUGGAGGCCCGCAUGCAGAUACUGGAGGACCAUAACAAACAGCUGGAAUCACAGCUCUACCGACUACGCCAGCUGCUGCAUCAGGUAUCACACUUGCUAGUGAACUGCCUACCUAGAAGUAAGGAGGAGUAG